AUGUUGUCCGCUCUUUUCGUCGCGGCUUUGCCCGCCUUGGCCCACGCCUUGGACGAUGGCAUCAUCCGCUAUCCCAUCAGGGCCUCUCCCGGCGCCCCCAUCGUCAAGGGCGUCACCCGACGACAGAAUGAGGUCGCUCUCCAGUCCCAGAACACGGGUCUUUUCUACAGCAUCGAUGUUACCAUGGGUACUCCCGGCCAGACCAUCACCGUCAACCUCGACACUGGAUCUCAGGAGCUUUGGGUCAACCCUGUUUGCGACAAGUCGAAUGAUGUCUCGUUUUGCGAGUCUUUUGGUCAUUUUGGAGAGAGUAGCACUUACACUUCGAUUAAUGUUACGGGCGGACUUGUUUAUGGAACUGGAUAUGCCUACUACAACUAUGGCUACGACUUUAUUACCAUCGGCUCUGCCCAUAUCAAGCAGCAGCUCUUUGGCGUUGCCUACGACACCUCCGUCGUGAGUGUUGGUAUCAUGGGUGUGGCUCCUGACCUGCACGGCUGGAACGCCCCUUAUCCUCUCGUCAUUGACAGCAUGGCCCAACAAAACCUCAUCAAGAGCCGAGCCUUCUCUCUUGAUAUCCGCACUAUGGACAGCGACCGAGGUGCCGUCAUCUUUGGAGGUAUCGACACCCGCAAGUACUCUGGUCACCUUGAGAAGCGUCCCAUCAUCCCAGCUUCGUCUUCCCCUGACGGCCAAACCCGAUACUGGGUCCAUCUCGAUGGCAUGAGCCUCACUCAGGAUGACGGCUCUAAGGAGGCCAUCUUUUCAAAGACCAACGGCUAUGCUGUCGUCCUUGACAGCGGCUACACCAUCAGCGCCCUGCCCGGUCCCAUCUUUGAGAAGCUCCUGGCCACUUUCCCUACUGUCCAGCCCGGAAUCGGUUCCUACCACCCUGUCGACUGCGAUGUUGCCAAGCUCAAGGGCACCGUUGACUUCACUUUCGGCAAGACCACCAUCAAGGUGCCUUAUGCCGACUUUGUCUGGCACAACAAGGGAUCAUGCUACCUGGGUGCUUUCCAGGACGAUGAAUUCCCCGUUCUUGGUGACACCUUCUUGCGAGCUGCUUACGUCGUCUACGACUGGGACAACGAGAACGUCUGGCUGGCUAACAACGAGGACUGCGGUACUAACCUGGUUGCCAUCGGAAGCGGAGCUGACUCUGUUCCUGAUAUCGUCGGCGAGUGUGCUUCUUCUGACUCUACCAACACUUCUGAGCUGCCCACUUCCACCGAGGCCUCGACUGGAUCUACCGCUUCUACCGAGUCUGUUACUUCCACCGAGUCCGAGACCAGCGAUUCGACUCCCACUGCUAGCACCGAGUCUACUCUCUCCUUCUCCACCACCCGCUUCCACAACACCUCUUCCGUCAUCCCCAACAAGCUCGGAUCCUCCAAGACCCAGUCUCUCUCCGACUCGCUUCCUACUCUGUCUGGCUCUACCUACUUGGACCCCUCUUACCUGGACCCCACCUACUCGGGCCCUACCACUGCGGCUCCUACCACUAUCACGUCGACAAUCACCACCAGCAAGGUCUACACCAUCACCUCGUGCCCUCCCAGCGUGACCAACUGCCCUGUCGGCUCCGCCACCACUGAGAUUAUCACCUCGUACACGACCUACUGCCCCGGCGAGACCAAGGCUCCCAAGCCCACUAACCCUCCCGUCAUCAGCGACACUUCGAUCGUCACCAACACCCACGUCUACACCAUUACUGACUGCCCCGGCGAGGGUCCCUGCAACAAGGGCGAAGUCACCACCGAGUUCGUUGCCACCACCCAGCUUGUCCACCCCCAGGUUACUGCCAUCUACACCGUUCCCGAGGCUAUCCGCUGUGGCCCUGGUAACGCUCACUGCAAGGAGGCCACAACCAAGGCUGUCCGCGUCGUCACCAUUACUCCCGCCACCAAGGCUCCCGAGCCCACACCCGUCCCCGGUGUCUGCACCACCUGCGGUCCUCCUGGCAAUGCCAACGGUACCAUCACUGAGGUCUACACCCACCCCAGCAAGCCUACUCAGGUGUACACUCAGCCCGGCGGUACCCAGAUCUACACCAAGCCCAGCCAGACCCAAGCCUCAGGCUAUGGCUACCCUCAACCUCCCGCCAGCACCGUCGCAACGGUCGUCAAGCCCAGCGGCGAGGAGCCAUCCGAGCCCACGGGCACCAGCCCUGCCCUCGUGACAGGCGGCGCCGCAUGGAACGCCCCCGGCCAAUUGGCAGUUAUUGCUGGCGCUCUCUUCGCCGCAAUGCUCUAA